AUGCGCUUCGCCAUCUUCUCCUUCCUCGUUGCGCUCCUCGCUGCCUUCGUCAUGGCAAGCGCACCCCACCGCUCUGUCAUCAUCAGCUGGCCCAACGACACACCCGACGACAUUGUCGAGCAGAGCAAGGAGGCUAUCCGACAGGCCAAGGGCGUCAUUACCCACGAGUACAACAUCAUCAAGGGCUUCGCUGCCACGGCCCCCGCUGCCGCGCUCGACAUGGUGUCGACGCUGAGCGACGUGUACAAGUGCGAGAUCGAGGAGGAUGGCAUCGUUACCACGCAGAACAACAAGGAGUAG